AUGUUUAUGGAAAUAACAAGUCACAAAUGUUUAACCAUAAACACUGUUUAUCAUGUUGUUUAUGGAAAUAUCCAGCUCACUACAGUCACUACACUACAGUCACUACACUACACUACAGUCACUACACUACAGUCACUACACUACAGUCACUACACUACACUACAGUCACUACACUACAGUCACUACACUACACUACACUACAGUCACUACACUACACUACAGUCACUACACUACAGUCACUACACUACACUACACUACAGUCACUACACUACACUACACUACAGUCACUACACUACAGUCACUACACUACACUACAGUCACUACACUACAGUCACUACACUACACUACACUACAGUCACUACACUACACUACAGUCACUACACUACAUCACUGCACUACACUACACUACAGUCACUACACUACACUACACUACAGUCACUACACUACAGUCACUACACUACAGUCACUACACUACAGUCACUACACUACAAUCACUACACUACAGUCACUACACUACACUACAGUCACUACACUACAGUCACUACACUACAGUCACUACACUACAGUCACUACACUACACUACAGUCACUACACUACAGUCACUACACUACACUACACUACAGUCACUACACUACACUACACUACAGUCACUACACUACAGUCACUACACUACACUACACUACACUACACUACAGUCACUACACUACACUACACUACAGUCACUACACUACAGUCACUACACUACACUACACUACAGUCACUACACUACAGUCACUACACUACAGUCACUACACUACAGUCACUACACUACAGUCACUACACUACAGUCACUACACUACACUACACUACAGUCACUACACUACACUCACUACACUACAGUCACUACAGUACAGUCACUACACUACACUACACUACACUAGUCACUACACUACACUACAGUCACUACGCUACAGUCACUACAUUACAAUCACUACACUACACUACACUACAGUCACUACACUACACUCACUACACUACACUACACUACAGUCACUACACUACACUACAGUCACUACACUACAGUCACUACACUACACUACACUACAGUCACUACACUACACUCACUACACUACAGUCACUACACUACAGUCACUACACUACACUACAGUCACUACACUACACUACACUCACUACACUACACUACACUCACUACACUACAGUCACUACAGUCACUACACUACAGUCACUACACUACACUACAGUCACUACACUACACUACACUACAGUCACUACACUACAGUCACUACACUACACUACAGUCACUACACUACACUCACUACACUACAGUCACUACACUACACUACAGUCACUACACUACACUCACUACACUACAGUCACUACACUACACUACAGUCACUACACUACACUACAGUCACUACACUACACUACAGUCACUACACUACACUACAGUCACUACACUACAGUCACUACACUACACUACAGUCACUACACUACACUACAGUCACUACACUACAGUCACUACACUACACUACACUACAGUCACUACACUACAGUCACUACACUACACUACAGUCACUACACUACACUCACUACACUACAGUCACUACACUACACUACAGUCACUACACUACACUACAGUCACUACACUACACUACAGUCACUACACUACACUACAGUCACUACACUACAGUCACUACACUACACUACAGUCACUACACUACACUACAGUCACUACACUACACUACACUCACUACACUACACUACAGUCACUACACUACACUCACUACACUACAGUCACUACACUACAGUCACUACACUACAGUCACUACACUACAGUCACUACACUACAGUCACUACAGUACAGUCACUACACUACACUACAGUCACUACACUACACUACAGUCACUACACUACACUACAGUCACUACGCUACAGUCACUACAUUACAAUCACUACACUACACUACACUACAGUCACUACACUACAGUCACUACACUACACUACAGUCACUACACUACACUACAGUCACUACACUACAGUCACUACACUACACUACACUACAGUCACUACACUACAGUCACUACACUACACUACAGUCACUACACUACACUCACUACACUACAGUCACUACACUACACUACAGUCACUACACUACACUACAGUCACUACACUACACUACAGUCACUACACUACACUACAGUCACUACACUACAGUCACUACACUACACUACAGUCACUACACUACACUACAGUCACUACACUACAGUCACUACACUACACUACAGUCACUACACUACACUACAGUCACUACACUACACUACACUCACUACACUACACUACAGUCACUACACUACACUCACUACACUACAGUCACUACAGUCACUACACUACAGUCACUACACUACAGUCACUACACUACACUACACUACAGUCACUACACUACACUCACUACACUACAGUCACUACAGUACAGUCACUACACUACACUACACUACACUACAGUCACUACACUACACUACAGUCACUACGCUACAGUCACUACAUUACAAUCACUACACUACACUACACUACACUCACUACACUACAGUCACUACAGUACAGUCACUACACUACACUACACUACAGUCACUACACUACAGUCACUACACUACACUACACUCACUACACUACAGUCACUACACUACACUACAGUCACUACACUACACUACAGUCACUACACUACACUACACUACAGUCACUACACUACACUCACUACACUACAGUCACUACACUACACUACAGUCACUACACUACACUACACUACAGUCACUACACUACACUCACUACACUACAGUCACUACACUACAGUCACUACACUACAGUCACUACACUACAGUCACUACACUACAAUCACUACACUACAGUCACUACACUACACUACAGUCACUACGCUACAGUCACUACACUACAGUCACUACACUACACUACAGUCACUACACUACACUACAGUCACUACGCUACAGUCACUACACUACAGUCACUACACUACAGUCACUACGCUACAGUCACUACAUUACAAUCACUACACUACACUACACUAGUCACUACACUACAGUCACUACACUACACUCACUACACUACAGUCACUACAGUCACUACACUACAGUCACUACACUACAGUCACUACACUACAAUCACUACACUACAGUCACUACACUACAUUACAAUCACUACACUACAGUCACUACAUUACAAUCACUACACUACAGUCACUACACUACACUACACUACAGUCACUACACUACACUACACUACAGUCACUACACUACACUACACUACAGUCACUACACUACACUACACUACAGUCACUACACUACACUACAGUCACUACACUACACUACAGUCACUACACUACACUACACUACAGUCACUACACUACAGUCACUACACUACAGUCACUACACUACACUCACUACACUACACUACAGUCACUACACUACACUACAGUCACUACACUACAGUCACUACACUACUCACUACACUACAGUCACUACACUACACUACAGUCACUACACUACACUACACUCACUACACUACAGUCACUACACUACACUACAGUCACUACACUACACUACACUCACUACACUCACUACACUAACUACACUACACUACAGUCACUACACUACUCACUACACUACACUACAGUCACUACACUACAGUCACUACACUCACUACACUAGUCACUACACUACACUACACUACACUCACUACACUACACUACACUACAGUCACUACACUACAGUCACUACACUACACUACAGUCACUACACUACACUACAGUCACUACACUACACUCACUACACUACAGUCACUACACUACACUACAGUCACUACACUCACUACACUACACUCACUACACUACACUAG